AUGGAGACAGAGCUUUUUGAUGAGAGCUGGAUUGGAAAAGUUAUUUCCUUUACCGAACCCAACGCUCGUUGGCGCCUGACUGAAAAGUUGCGCGAUAAGAACGACCAGUUCAGUGCAGGCGAAAUAAAUGACUUCCCAGAUGCUGUCAGUGGCGCUUACGGAACCUUCGAAUGUGAAAAUGUGGAUUGUCAUACUGAAUUAGCUAUCAUGAGAAUUGCCAUGCAAUUUCCACAUGCAGGCGCGAAUCCGAAUAGUUUCGCUCGCCAGGCAUCCCAUAACCUUCCCUCCUGUGGACAGCUUAUGUUAGAUGCUUACGGUACCUUCCGGACAAGGGAGUGCGAAUCAGCUGCACGUCUUUUACAUAUGAAAAGAGGAUGGCAAGAUCACACAGGUAUGCUUCCAGGUGGGUCUAUUCUCUAUCUCCUCAUCGAAAAAGCCCCAGGAAAGCAGUUAGAUUCUGCUGGGUUCUGGGAUCUACGGCGCCGGGAGCGUGAUAAAAUCUGA